CCAAUAAAUCUUGUAUCUACCUAUAUCUAUCUCUCUCUGUAUCUAUAUCUCCAAAAACACAAACACAAAGUGUAUGUGCCAUUAAUGGCUUUGUCCUUAGGGACCUUAAGUCUAUGGGACAGUGUCCUGGAAUUAACAAAGAAGUCACAAGAUAAAAACAGUGAUCCAUUAUUAUGGGCUAUUCAUCUUUCUUCACAGCUAAACUCAGCUGGUGUAUCUCUUCCUUCACCUCAGUUAGCAAAUCUUUUGGUUUCUCACAUUUGUUGGGACAACAAUAAUCCUAUUUCAUGGAAGUUUCUUGAAAAAGCAUUGAUCUUUAACAUAGUUCCUCCUUUGCUUGUUCUUGCCCUUCUAUCUAACAGGGUUAUUCCAAUGCGGCAUACCCAACAAGCAGCAUUUCGGCUAUAUAUGGAACUUGUUAAAAGACAUGCUUUCAAACUCAAAUCACAAGUAGAAUUUCAAAAUUAUGAAUUGAUCAUGGAUUCAAUAGACAAUGUUCUCCAUCUUUCUCAAAUAUUUGGCAUCAAAGUCAAUGAUCCUGGCACUUUAUUACUCGAGUUCAUCUUUUCGAUUGUUUGGCAGUUAGUAGAGGCGGCAUUAGGAGAUGAGGGGCUUCUAGAACUUACAGAAGAAAGAAACAUUAAAUGGAAUAAUGUACCUCAAGAUAUGGAGAUAGACAAUUACAGUGGAAAGAUGAACGAAUACCAUGAGACAUUGCAAAGUAAAAAUACCGUGAUGGCUGUAGAGUUGAUUGGCAUUUUCCUGCAAAACAAAGUAACUUCCAGAAUUCUUCUUUUGGCUCGCCGAAACAUGCCUACACAUUGGAGAAAUUUCAUUCAAGACAUUGAGGUUCUUAUGGUCAACUCUUCAGCACUGAGAAAGUCAAAGGUGGUGACACCAGAAAUUCUACUUCAGCUGAUAUCAGAUGAUCGUAAAAUUAUAUCCGAGGAAAAGAAAGCAACUUACGUGCAAGAAGUCCACACAAUAAUGUCUUCAUCUGCUAGCAUAUCUCAUAAAGUUGGUGGUUCUUCUUUGUGGAUUCCCCUUGAUCUUGUGCUUGAAGAUGCAAUGGAUGAUACACCAGUUGAUACAACAAGUGCCAUUGAAAUUGUCACACGUUUUGUAAGAGCUCUUCAAGCUUUAAACGGCGCCACUUGGCAUGAGACUUUUCUUGGUCUUUGGAUGGCUGCUCUUCGUCUCGUUCAAAGGGAAAGAGAUCCAAUUGAGGGUCCUAUGCCUCGCCUAGAUACUCGAUUAUGCAUGCUAUUGUCUGUUACAACUCUUGUUGUUUCUGAUCUAGUUGAAGAAGAGGAAAGCACUUCACAAAACAAUAUAAAUUAUCAAACAACAGAAAGUAGUAAAGAAAAACGACGUAUGGAACUGGUUUCUAGCUUACAGAGUUUGGGUGAUUACCAGAGCUUAUUGACUCCACCGCAGUCAGUAAUUCCUGCUGCUAAUCAGGCUGCUGCAAAAGCAAUGAUAUUAAUUUCAGGCAUUAAUGUUGGUAGUAGUGCACAUUUUGACCUCAGCAGCAUGAAAGACAUGGCAAUCAACUUUUCUGGAAACUUGCAUCAUUUGAUAGUUGAGGCUUGUAUUGCCAGAAAUUUGUUAGACACAUCAGCAUAUUAUUGGCCUGGUUAUGUGACUGGUCGAAUCAACCAAAUACCUCAUGGUGUACCUGCUCAAGUGCCUGGCUGGUCAACGUUAAUGAAAGGAGCACCAAUGAGUCCAGUUAUGAUGAAUGCUCUAGUUUCUGAACCUGCUUCUAGCCUAGCAGAGCUUGAGAAGGUCUUUGAGAUUGCAGUCAAAGGUUCAGAUGAUGAGAAAAUAGCCGCUGCUACUAUACUCUGUGGCGCCUCUUUGAUUCGAGGUUGGAAUGUCCAGGAACACAGUUGCUAUUUCAUUACAAGAUUGUUAUCACCUGCUCCACCAGAAAAUUAUUCUGGUAAUGAUAGCCAUUUGAUAGCUUAUGCCCCUAUGCUGAAUGUGCUUCUAGUCGGUAUAGCACCCAUCGACUGUGUUCAGAUCUUCUCUCUGCAUGGACUCGUUCCACAGCUUGCUGGUUCUUUGAUGCCAAUCUGUGAAGUAUUUGGAUCAUGUGUACCUAAUAUAUCAUGGACUCUCACAACGGGGGAAGAGAUCUCUGCAUAUGCUGUGUUUUCAAAUGCAUUUGCUCUGCUUCUAAAGCUGUGGAGAUUCAAUCAUCCUCCUCUUGAAUACGGAGUUGGAGAUGUUCCUCCGGUGGGAUCACAACUCACUCCUGAAUACCUAUUAUUAAUGAGAAAUUCCCUGUUGAUUUCAAAUAGCAUAUAUGAAGAUCGAAAUAGAAAAAGACUCUCUGAAGUGACGAAAACAUCAUGUCCUAAUCCCAUAUUCGUUGAUUCAUUCCCAAAAAUGAAAGCAUGGUAUCGUCAACAUCAAGCAUGUUUAGCUUCUACCCUUUCUGGUCUUGUUCAUUCCCCGGUCCAUCAGAUUGUUGAUAGUCUUCUAAACAUGAUGUUUAAAAAGAUCAUCAGGAAUCAGCCAUUGAAUUCUGUAUCUGGAAGUAGUACUUCAUCUGGGCCUGGAAGUGAAGAUACAACUCUAAGACCUAAACUACCCGCUUGGGAUGUUCUAGAAGCCGUUCCUUUUGUUGUUGAUGCUGCUCUGACAGCAUGUGCUCAUGGCAGACUAUCACCUCGUGAGCUGUGUACAGGACUUAAGGAUUUGGCCGACUUUCUACCUGCUUCUUUGGCGAUUAUUGUGAGCUAUUUCUCGGCAGAAGUGUCUCGUGGGGUAUGGAAACCGGUGUUUAUGAAUGGAACAGAUUGGCCAAGUCCAGCUGCAAAUCUUUCCAAUGUUGAAGAACAUAUCAAGAAUAUAUUGGCUGACACUAAUGUCAAUGUUCCAAGACUUUUUGCAGGGAUAAAUUCUCCAUUUACACUUCCAUUGCCCCUGGCUGCCUUUGUGAGCCUCACCAUAACCUACAAACUCGAUAAAGCAUCACAACGAUUUCUCAAUCUUGCUGGCCCGGCCUUGGAAUCACUUGCAGCCGGUUGUCCAUGGCCAUGUAUGCCGAUAGUGGCAGCCUUAUGGACCCAAAAGGCAAAAAGAUGGAGCGACUUUCUGGUUUUCUCAUCUUCACGUACGGUUUUCCUACAUGACAAUGAUGCAGUGGCACAGCUUAUCAAGAGCUGCUUCACCGCCACACUUGGGUUAAAUAACUCUGUUGUCUCAAGCCAUGGUGGUGUGGGAGCACUUCUCGGGCAUGGUUUUGGGCCCAACCUUUAUGGGGAGAUGUCUCCUGUAGCACCCGGGUUUCUAUAUUUGCGGGUUUAUAGAUCCAUUAGAGAUAUAAUGUUCCUCAGAGAAGAUAUUAUUUCGCUAUUAAUGCAAUGUGUGAAAGAUAUAGCUUCAAAUGGAAUUAGAACUACUAAAGCAAAACCGGAACCAAGGUAUGGACAAGUUUCACUGGCUACCAGUUUAACCAAAGUCAAACUAGCCGCCCAUUUAGGUGCUUCGAUCUUAUGGAUAUCUGGAGGGCAUGGUCUAGUUCAAUCUUUAAUAAACGAGACGUUACCUUCUUGGUUCAUAUCCACUCACAAGUCUGAUCAAGAGGAACGAGGUGGUGCUGUUUCAAUGCUAUCAGGAUAUGCUCUGGGGUACUUUACUGUGCUUUGUGGAGCAUUUGCAUGGGGUGUUGACUCGUCCCUGUCAGUAUCCAAGUGGCGGCCAAGAUUUCUUGGGUCCCAUAUGGAGUUUCUAGCAAGUGCACUUAAUGGGAAGAUAACGCUCGGGUGUGAUCCUAUCACCUGGCAUUCUUAUGUGACGGGGUUCGUGAACUUGAUGGUGGGUUGUAUGCCUAAUUGGGUGGUGGAAGUGGAUAUCGAGAUUUUGAAAAGGUUGAGUAAAGGGUUGCGGCAAUGGAAUGAGGAAGAACUAGCCCUUAAACUAUUAGAGUCAGGCGGUAUUGGUUCAAUGGGUGCAGCUGCUGAACUCAUCAGUCAAACCAAUUCCUGAUAUUAUGAUAUUCUUUUAGAUAUAUGGAGAACUGAAUUUAGCCUUUUAUAGAAAAUUUUGUAAAUUUUUGGGUGUAAUCUAUCCUUCAGAUUUAGCUGUACAUUAGUUCUUUUCUGACUAUAGAAAUCCUGAAUCGGCUUGAAAACAAUUUUUUAUA